AUGGACAUCAGACCUCAAGAUUCUGAUUACCGUGGAAAGCGUUGGGCCGCACACUAUCAGUCGGUGGAGCAAUUCCUCACCAAGCUUCCGCCAUUGUCAGUUCUCACUCUAUUCGGAUGGCAUUCACAUAUCUCUAUUGACAGUCUUAUCACAACCCAUGGUUCUCGACUGCGCAAGUUAGAUUUGAGCUGUUUCUUGGAGGCCUGGCAACAUGUGAACGAACAGGAUAUCUUCAACUUGGAAGGUAUUGGUGACAGAAAGGAAGUGGCCUUUUACAGAGCUUUGGGCACUCUACGAGGUCUCAAGUAUCUCAAUUUGGAGCUCGAUGCCAUGAGCGCGACGUUUCGUCGAGAUAAAUGGACCAGAGCUUCUCCGGAACAGCGGUCUGCUGAAGGGAUCAAACCACCGAGCGAUCCAUCAUUCGACGAAUUUGACAAUGAACUCACGGAUCUAUACUUGCGUGAUUUGCAGUUCCGCAAGGGCCACAUUCGAGAUGUCAUGAUCACUUCUGUGGUGGACAAAGAUCUUGCCUGCGCUAUCUUUCGCAUCAUCUCCACUGCUAAGAGUCAUGGCAUGCAAGGACUAGAAGCAAUCAAGAUCUCCAUCUCAUGGAGUAUGUAUAUGGAAUACAGUCUGUUAGAACUAGUGGAACUCUUAGGUUCGUCGUGGAUUAUUCGCCGAGACACCCGUGAGGGACAUCAGGGAGACUUGACAGCGGAAGAGGUGAGAGAUUCCACACCUCUUCAUAUCCGCAAAAAGCGUCAGGUCCCCCUAUGUUCAGAGCUGGAUGAGAUAUUCCAACGGAUCUGGCCAGGAGGGGAGGAUCGUCGGUCUUGGUGGAGCGAAUGCCACAGCUUUCCGCUGGAUACGAGUGUGGAUGAUUGA